UCAAACAAAACUACAUCCGGUGUUGUUAGGCACUUUCCAUGCAAUAUUGUGAAAAAAGUCACGCUUUAUUUUGAUUACUUUACAUAUCAGAAAAUGGAACCAGAUCUGAUUCAAGAUUCACUUAAAAAGGAAAAUUUUGAAGAUUAUGAUUUUGGACCAAAUUUUAAACGAUUAGUGGUCAAUGACAAUGUGCGAGAACUUCAGACAGUUCUCCGCGAUAAAACGACAAACAGAAGUGACUUUGUAUUCUAUGCUGACAGAUUGAUUCGACUGAUUGUUGAAGAAGGUUUGAAUCAGUUACCAUACAAAGAAUGUGAGAUUACUACACCCACAGGUAACAGAUAUAAUGGACUGGUAUACGAGAAAGGCAAUUGUUGUGUCAGCAUAAUGAGAAGUGGGGAAGCCAUGGAGCAAGGUUUAAGGGAUUGUUGUAGAUCAAUAAGGAUAGGAAAGAUCUUGAUACAUAGUGAUGAGGACACUCAUGAUGCUAAAGUUGUUUAUUCCAAGUUACCACCAGACAUAGAGAACAGAAAAGUUCUACUUAUGUAUCCUAUUAUGAGUACUGGUAACACUGUGAUCAAAGCUCUCAAUGUAUUGAAGCAGAGUAAAGUACAAGAGAAAAAUAUCAUUUUAUUGAAUCUCUUCAUUACUCCACAAGCUGCCAAGGCAAUCAUUUCAAAAUUUCCAGAUCUAUCAAUUUUGACUUCAGAGGUUCACCCAGUUGCACCUAACCAUUUUGGACAGAAAUACUUUGGUACAUCCUAGUUACUGGUUACAUUCUAUAUACAAUGAGAGACAGCUGUAUUAAAUUGAUUCAAUUUUUGCAUUAAGAAUGCAAAGUUGAGUCUAUUUUAUGCUUCGUCUUGUACACAAUGAGACAUAAUCAUUUUUACAGGGUAUUAACUUGGGUUUUAGCCAAAAUUUUAGUGAAAAAAAGUUUCCUUUUAAUAUUGCCUUGAUGUGUUGCAAUACAUGUAAUUUGAAGCUGAAGUGGCAUCCCACUUCUCUUGGUAUGAACAUUUGUACAGAAUGUUUAUUAAAACAUGUUUAUGUUAAUGUUGAUUAAAGAUUUUUUAGUCUAUCAAAUAUUGAUAUAUAAGAUAAUCAUUCAUCUUGUUUCCUUACAUUAACAUUUUGUUAUCACAAAUAUUUAAAUGGAAAAGAAAUUAAAAACUUGCAAAAUAUUUCUAAUUGAAAUCUUGAUGGUCCCACAUUUACACAUACUAACUUAUGUUAUCAACCAUACAGUAAUUACUUUGCAUAUACAUUUAUAUUUAAGUACAUGUAUACAUAAUGAUAGCUUUAUUAGUCCCCUACCGGUUUACCGGAGGGGACUUUAGGUUUACCCUCCGUCCGUCUGUCCGUCCGUCCGUCUGUCUGUCCGCACUCACAGGAGAGUAAUUAUGUGGCUAGAGGGACAAUAGGUUCUCUUUGAUGUCAUUCAUUCCGUAAUGCUUUUAUGUGGCUAUUUUCUUUUGCGUGGCUAAAAAGAACAAUAGAGAGAACAAUAGAGUAGCCACAUAAUUACUCUCCUGUGAGAACGUCCGUCCGUCAGUCCGUCCGUCCACAAAACUGGAUCCCGCGAUAACUUGAAAAGUACUGAAAAUUUUUUUAUGAAACUUGAUAUAUGGAUAGAUGGCAGUAUGGAGAUUAUGCACGUCUUUUUCUUUUCUUCCUAUGUUGAAAAUUCUGGUUGCUAUGGCAACAAAUGGACUGAAAAUAUGGCAAUUUUUACACAUAAACUGGAUCCAAUGUUAACGCAAAAAGUAAUAGAAAUAUUUUUAUGAAACUUGUAAUAUGUGUAGAUGGCAGUCUGGAGAUUAUACACGUCUUUUUCGUUUCUUCCUAUGUUGAAAAUUCUGGUUGCUAUGGCAACACAUAGACUGAAAAUAUGGCAAAUUUUACACAUAAACUGAAUCCAGUGAUAACUCAAAAAGUACUGGAAAUAUUUUUAUGAAACUUGACAUGUGGGUAGAUAGCAGUAUUGAGAUUAUGCAUGUCUUAUCUGUUCUUCCUAUUUUGAAAAAAUAUUGGUUGCCUUGGCAACAAAUAGGCUUAAAACAUGGCAAAUAUAACAAUAUUUGUGAUUAGUCAAAAAGAGCUGAAACUUUUUAUGAAAUUGCAUCUUUAAUUCCAGAGUUAUCUCCUCUUUAAGAAUUUUGCUUUUUAAAAUGUUAUAUUUUGGUAACAGGGAUGUUUCAAAUAUUAACUUUAGAGUGUCCUUUAGUCCGUCUGUCUGUCUGUUCAUAAAAACUUUUUCCUGUGAUCACUUUUAAAGAACAUUUCCAACAAAUUUACUUAAAAUAGAGAAAAAUUUACACAUUAGUGAAUGGCCAAUGGCCCUUCAGAAUGCUGAUGGGGUUCUAUCCGGUAGGGGACUUAUGGAUUGCUUGCAAUACUAUGAUAAUUGCUUGUUUCAUUUUAGAAUAAAGUGUAGGUUGAAUAUGUUCAUAUAAAAAAUAUUCCAGAUAGUGUUAGAAUUUACAAUUUGAAAUACAUUUAAUAAUGAUGUUCUUCAUUAUACCAUAAUAUCUGGAAAAUGUUAAACGGUACCUGUAUAAUUAUUUUAUGCAUGAUCUUGUCUAAUGAAUCUCAUAAUGCUCAUUUUUAAUGUUUUUAAAAUAAGUGACUUUAUUACCAUUUGCAUUUUAAUAUUGUUGAUCCAUUUCAUGUUUAUAAAUCAGCAUUAUUAGUAAUAAACUAUGCUCUUUGUUUUUGACAGUGAAUUUAUGAUCCUUAAAAUAGAGCAAAAGUAUAGUGUUGUACACUAAGUGUAGGCCGUGAAAUAAAAGGUGUGUGUCAUUAAAUAUAUUGUCCGGGUAGCCUGUACUUUGGCCAGUUUUACUGCUCAAUUAAAAUAUUUUUGUAAUUACCGGUAAUUUAAAUGAACAAUGUAUAAUUCAAAAUUAUAUACAUGACAAGUGCAUUAUACAUAUUCAGCAGGAUGGACACAAAAAAUGAACAUAUCAUUUGUCAGUUUUAAAUAUUGUUUUUCAGAAUAUACAUGUAUUCUACUUGUACUCUCUCUGCUUUCUUUACAUGAUCUAUAAAAACUUCAGAGUUAUAUCGUGAAAUAGUUUUUUU